UUCCAUACUUUUGCGACCGCAAACCGCUCGAAAAAGCACCCAGUCUUGAAGCUAAGAGAAGAGAAGCUAGCAAGAGUCAUGGCUGGGAAGCUGUACUACUCUAGAGGCGACCCGGAUCUCCUGGCGUUGCUCGUCAUCUGGGAAACGGAGGAGAGCGCGGCUCGCUUCGAGUUGAUAGAAGGCCGCUGUCCCCAUCCCCUCAAGUCUGGGAGGGGCGUGGUCUUGGAGCUGGCGUCUGGAGAGAGGAUUUUCUCAGUCAGUGAGAUAUGUCGACUCUCAUGCGAGGGAGAGGGAGAUGAGGGAGGGAAGGGGUUAACGAGAAAGGGGUCCCCCGAGCAGCAAGCUCGUGUAGACUACUGGUUAGACUGGGGGUGUGGCCAACUGAAGUCUGCAGUCCACUCCACUGUGGUGGCAGGGGAACCUACACACGACCUUUUGACCUGUCUCGGCCGCCUCGAGAGUCAUUUGUCAUUAGGUCAUCAUUACCUCGUCCCGGAGGGGCUUUCCCUGGCGGACAUAUUGGUGUGGUGUCGACUAUAUGCGCUAAUGUCACCUGACAAUCCUGUAUCACAAGUGUUCCACAAAGACCAUCUGUUGGUGUGCCAGUGGUUCAUCUCCCUGGCCCGCCUCCCCGGCUUCUCCUCCGCUCAGUGGAAAGAUGCCGGCUCAGCCGCACACCUCAAAUUCAUCCUCGCAAAAUCCUCCUCACACACUCCGACCGAGAAAUCCACCCAACAACCCUGUCAAACGGGUUCCACGCCGGUUCAGAAAGCGGGCGUGGUCAAGGCAGAGUCAAAGUCAUCGGCUCAUAAGAGAGGUGGUCCCCAAAAGGGCAAAGGUCAAGGUGGAAAAGGUCAACAGAAUAAAGCCGAACCGAAGCAGUCUCAGCAACCUCCCGCGGAGGUAGUGAUGGCCCAGGAAAAGGUACCAGCAGAAGAAUUGGCCGAGGCUAGAAAAAUGUGGGCGGAGCAUGUGAGGGGUGUGGCCAGGGAACCCCGAGAUCCACUGGAACCAAUUCUUCCUGUGCCGGGGGAGAAGAACAUCCUCAUAACGAGUGCCCUGCCAUACGUGAACAACGUUCCUCAUCUUGGAAACAUCAUUGGCUGCGUUCUUAGUGCCGAUGUCUUUGCUCGGUACUGCCGUCUCCGUGGUUACAACACCCUGUACAUCUGCGGUACCGACGAGUACGGAACGGCGACUGAAACGAAGGCACUCGAGGAGGGGCUUACCCCUCAGGAGAUAUGCUCAAAGUACUUUGCUAUCCAUGACGAGGUGUACAAAUGGUUUAACAUUGAGUUUGACGUAUUCGGAAGAACUUCGACUCCGCAACAGACCGAAAUAACCCAGGAGAUAUUCUGGCAGCUGCACCGAAAGGGUUUCAUCAGCACGGAAAAAGUGGACCAGCUACUGUGUCAGAAUUGCGACAGGUUUUUGGCCGAUCGAUUUGUCGAGGGUACUUGUCCACUAUGUGCAUACGAGGAUGCCAGAGGUGACCAAUGCGACAAGUGUGGUCGUCUCAUCAAUGCCACGGAACUGAAGUCUCCACGUUGUAAGGUAUGUGGGUCUUCUCCUGUCAUCAAGACUUCUGAUCACAUCUUCCUCGACUUGGACAAGCUUCAGCCAACCGUUGUAGAGUGGUUUAAGGAAGCAUCCAAAAAAGGCGUAUGGUCGCAGAACGCUCUCAACAUUACGUCGGCAUGGGUCCGAGACACGCUCAAACCUCGCUGCAUCAGUCGCGACCUCCGCUGGGGCACCCCCGUGCCGUUGGAGGGAUUCACCGAGAAAGUCUUCUACGUCUGGUUCGAUGCAACCAUAGGGUACAUCUCCAUCACCGCGUGUUACACUCCGGAAUGGCGACAAUGGUGGAAGAACCCGGACGACGUGCAGCUGUACCAGUUCAUGGCGAAGGACAACGUUCCGUUCCACUCGGUCGUGUUCCCAUGCUCUCUCCUGGGGGCCAAUGACGGAUACACCAUCGUCAAUCACCUCUCGUCAACUGAGUACCUCAAGUAUGAAGACGGCAAGUUCUCCAAGAGUAGAGGUGUGGGAGUGUUUGGGAUUGACGCCAAGAACACGGGAAUACCCUCAGACGUGUAUCGCUUCUAUCUCCUCUACGUUAGACCAGAGACGCAGGAUAGCACGUUCAACUGGAGUGAUUUCGUGGCAAAGAACAACUCUGAGCUGCUCAAUAACCUCGGGAAUUUCAUCAACCGCUGCCUUGUCUUCAUCAGAAACAGCUUCGAUCGGAAGAUUAUGGAGAUGCAGCUGACGGACGAAGACUACAAUGUGGUUGCCAUGGUGACGAGGGAGCUACGGGGCUACAACGUGUGUCUGGAGACGCUGAAGCUGCGAGAUGCUCUCAAGCACAUUCUCGCCAUCUCUCGCCUCGGGAAUGGACACAUACAGUCCGAGAAACCGUGGAAACUCGUCAAAGGCUCCCCCGAGGAAAUUGCCCGUGCAGGUUCUCUGCUGAGUUUCUGCGCCAACAUUGUGUGUCUGUUGUCGGUGCUACUCCAUCCCUACAUGCCCGAGACCAGCGCCGAAAUCCAAAGACAACUGAAUGUCUCCGAGGGUUGUGAUGUGUUGGAAGAUAGUUUUACGGUAUUUCUAAAGAGUGGGCAUCAAAUAGGAGAGCCGCGACCGCUGUUCGCUAAAAUAGACGAGGAAACCGCCACCGAGCUCAAGAAAAAAUUCUCCGGAAAACGAUAACUGUGUCAUAGUAUUUUUACUGCCUGUCUGUAAAAUUUUGACGAAUCAAGGGUUUUCAGACCGCGCAUGCGUGUUAUCGUCAGAGCAGACAGAAUCAAGGGAUGGCGUCUGCUGUGUGGAAAGUGAGUAACGUCGGUAGGCCGAGGAAGGCCAACCGCGCCGUCUACGAGCGGCCACAAAAGCCCGCCGCAAACCUGCACGCACCUGCGCUGCGCUCUCCGCUGAUCCUCGUCACUCCAGACGAUGAGGAAGAUGACGAUAGAAACUGCGGCCUCAGAGCGAGUCGCAGCACACCUCACUUCGUAUUCAGCACGGAGACGACCGCCGAGUCCCGCAAAAAGAGCACACGGGCUCAAAACUCGCAGACUUCUCUCGUUCCUCCGUCAACCGCGUUCGAGCCUCCGUCGUCUGCGUCGACGAGCGACCUGCUGCACGGCGCGUUCGUAGAGAACCUCGGAGACGAGAUCCCAAGCAGCCCGGUCAUGGGGAAAAACUGGAAGCAGAUGCAGGAGGCGACGUUCACGAACUGGGUAAACGAGAGAUUGAAGGGAAAGCAGUCCAGCUACACUGGACCACGCAUCCAGGACCUACGGAAUGAUCUCUGUGACGGUCUGGUUCUCAUACGACUCAUGGAGGUCCUCACGAAGAAGAAGAUCACUGGCUACGUGAAGCAGCCCCGGAUUACUGUACACAAGAUGGUCAAUUUGGACCUGGCUCUCAGGUUUAUCGCAGACGAAGGCAUAAAACUCAUCGGAAUAGGGAGCCACAAUAUUUUUGAAGGGAAUCUGGGCCUUAUAAUGGGGCUGGUGUGGACACUCAUUCAAAAGUACCAAAUACGAAUGACAAGCACGCGGGUGUCCACCAAGGCAGUGAUGAUUCACUGGCUCCAGUCCAUUCUGCCGGAAUGGAAAAUCUCCAAUCUCAACACGGACUGGAACGACGGACGGUGCCUCAUGGCGCUCAUCGGCGAGGUCAAACCGGGGGUCGGACACGACGUAAGGGCUCUGGAUCCGACAAAACGACGAAAGAACUGCGCCCGAGCGCUUGCAAUCGCAGCCAACCACCUCAAAAUCCCUCAGCUCAUUGCUCCCGAAGAUCUAUCGAAUCCACACAUCGACGAUCUUAGUGUCAUGACUUACCUCUCCUACUAUUGCGAACCGGCCAAACAGCGACUUCUGAAGUGGGUUAAACGGAUGAUCCCCCAAAUGAGGGUCACCAGCUUCGGCGCGGAUUGGGUCGACGGGCGAGCAUUCGGGGCACUAAUCGACGCCUGUUUCCCAGGGUUAGUCCCUGGCUGGCACCAGAUGGAGCCGGGGAACACGAAGGAAAACAUGGCCCAGAUUCUCCCUCUCGUGAAACGAUCCCUCGGAAUCGACGCUGAUUUCACCGCCGUUGAGCUCGCACGCGGACAAGUGGAGGAGCUGAAAGUGAUGACCUUCAUAAAUUACGUGAGACACGGCAUCCUUCUCUCCCUUCCCAACGAGGUGGCAGUGUCGGGGCCCGGACUACAGAAAGCUGUCAUUGGAAAAGAGACGCAUUUUGAGAUCGACACCACGCAGGCCGGCCCGGGAAAGCUCUUCAUCGACGCGUACUAUGAAAACGGUCUGAAGGUGACUUUCACCAUUCGAGAGAGGGUGACCGGAGUCAUAACCCUCACCUAUACUCCCGAGAUGUGCGGAGUGAUGAAUUUCGACAUCCUCUGGUCCGACACGCCGAUUCCCAGAAGCCCGUUCUCGGUACCGGUCUCCGACUCACAGAUGAUCCGGAUCGUGGACUUUGAGCAUCAUCCGCGCGCCGUUCAAGUGAACCAGAGCCUCGAACUUUUCCUCGACACGCGACCUGCUGGUACCAACGGACGAUUGUUUGCCAAAUUGGAAUACAAACAAAAAGGGGUGGAGUCAACCGAGGCGCAGCAAAUGAGUUUCCCAGACGGCACAGUGAAACUUUCGUACAAACCAACCAUCCCCGGAAAGGCAGUCCUCAGAAUCUUCUGGAACGACGAGGAGCUCCCUCACCUCGCUGUUUCGUACGUCGUCAUCGACAACAUGCAGUACAGGAUCAUCGCAAAGCCGGAAGAGAAAGUCUACCACACUUUCCAACACGCCAAUUUCCAGGUCAGAUCCGACAAUGGGCAACUCAACGCACUCACCAUGACAGCCAACUACGAAGACAUGCAGUUUCCAAUUGCCUUCUCGUCGAUUCAGGGCAACAUUGGCCACGCCUCCUUUGUCCCAACAUUCCCCGGUUGCUACAGAAUCGAGGUGGCCUGCGUGGAGAAACUGAUUGAGGGUGCACCGUUUACAAUCGAGGUGGCGGACCCCUCCAGAUGCAAACUGGUGGGAACGCUACCAAAGUACCUGAAACUCAAUUCGCCGUACGAGUUCAGAGUUCAUACUGGGGACGCUGGGCAAGGAAUGUUGGAGGUGACAUGUCCGGAUCGCGCCAUUUCACGUCUCUUCGAUACUGCCGUUCACAAGCUGGCAAGCGGCGAUUCCCAGGGCGUCGUGGUAACGCCGCGGCAAAUGGGUAAUUACGUCCUCGGAAUCACGUUCUUUGGCGGUCACAUUCCCAGCAGUCCAUUCCAGGUGACGGUCGUGGAUCCGUCCCAGUGCUGCGUGAGUGGAGAGGUCUUCAAUAGGGGGAAGGCCGUCGUGGGGAAACCGGUUCAGUUCCAAAUCACCAGAAUGGGCCCGGAGAGGGAGCUGAAACCCCAGGUGAAGGCAAGCGGUCCGAGUGCAAAGUACGUGGCCGAAGUGAGCACCGGCGAUGAUAAAGUCUACUUCGUCCGAUUCACACCGUGGGAGAUUGGGACGCACGAAAUUUCCAUCACCUACGGAGGAUUCGAUGUUUCUCGCAGUCCGUUCCGUAUGGGGGUACAGGGUUUUGACUCGGACAUCUGCAGUGCCACGGGCUCAGGUCUUCAAGAGGCGUUGUCCGGAAUCCCCGCCCAGUUCGUGAUCCUCGCAAAACAGACCGGUUUGAUCGACGAUGGAAUUCUCGUCGUGAACAUCCGCAACGUGACGCAGCCCGUCGACUGCAGGGUGCGUAUCCGCGACAACAAGAACGGAACCUACCAGGUGGCCUAUCUCGUCCAUCUCCCCGGGGCCUACCUCAUUAGUGUUCUCGCGGCCGGUGCCCACAUUCCCGGGAGUCCGUUCCGACUGACUGCAAGACCGGGUCCGGAACCAGACAAGUGCUCAAUGUGGGGCCCCGCCCUCCAACCAAACGCCCUCCUCAAAAUCGGGAAACCCAUAGAUUUCAAAGUGAGCGCGCACGGAGCUGGAACCGGUGCACUGGUAGUCAAAGCCGUCGGACCAGGUGGCACACAAGCGAGAGUCUACCUCGCCAAACCGGAAGACCGAACCGGUAUCUACGACGUGAAACUUGACCCGGUCCGGCACGGCAAGUACCGACUCAGCGUGAAGUGGUCAGGCCGGCACAUUCCGGGAAGUCCACACAUCCUGAAGGUUUACGCGGGAGCCGACCCCAGCAAAUGUCGGGCACACGGACCGGGUCUCGAAGACGGAGUGGUCGAGCGGCCGAGCACGUUUGUGAUCGAGACGAGGGACGCUGGUGCGGGGACGCUGAAAGUCAGGCUGCACGGGGUUAAAAACGCGUUCAAGAUCGAGCUGAAGCCCAAGGACCAGAUGGACCAGCGAACGCUGCAGGCUCGCUACAACCCUCGUAAACCAGGGGACUACCUCAUUACCAUCAAGUGGGACGAGAAGAACAUUCCAGGUAGUCCAUUCAGAGUGAAGAUCGAGGGUGAUUACCGUGAAGACUCUGAAGAUGAUGCCCCGAAAGCCACGCCCAUUUCUCCCGGUCUCGCCCCCAUCUUGGAGGAGAGUGACGAGGAAAUGAUGACAUCGUCUGAACCGAACUUAAAGUCGAAGAAGAAGAGAAGAGGGAGAAAGAAGAAGUCCGUUCCAGGGAUGAUGCCGAUGAUUCCCGUUCUGGUCAUGAAUCCGUAUGUCAACAUGGAACCGGGACAGAUGCCGACGUUUCGGCCGGGAAAGAGCGGCCAGGUUCCGUACCAGGUUGCGUUCAUG